CUUGAGGAUAUUUUUAACUAUGAUGAGACAAGUUUGUACUAUCGGAUGGAACCUUCUUGUAUAUUAGCAACAGGUCCAGUUUCAGAAAUAAAAAAAGCAAAAGAUAGGGUUACAGUAUUAUUAACUGCUAAUGCAGCAGGAUCAGAAAGGUUAAAGCCAUUGUUUAUCCAUAAAUAUAAAAAUCUACAUGCAAUUCGCAAUAUUAAUAAAAAAAAAUUACCAGUUAAAUAUUUCUGGAACAAGACUGCUUGGAUGCAGAGAUCUAUUUGGAACUACUAUAUAAAUGACUUGAAUUCAAUGAUGCGUCGUCAAAAUUGCCACAUACUACUUUUAAUUGAUAAUGAUUCAACCCAUGCCAAAUACAGACAUCUUCUUAUUCAAAACUGGUUGGAUGUAUAUGAAUUUACAUAUAACAAUCAAACUGAGACAAUUAAAAACUGUUGGCGUAAAACAGGAAUACUUCUAGUUGAAUUAGAUCAUAAUGACCUACCUCAAGAAGAUACUUCAUUAUAUAAUGAAUAUCUGGAUGAUGAAAAUGAA